AUGGGAGCUAUCUGGACGCAAAUGUAUCCUCCAAGCCCUCAUUUCACCGAGAAAGACCUCCCGUCUUUAGUUGGCAAAGUCUUUAUCGUCACCGGUGGAAAUGCUGGGGUUGGCCUUGAGCUCGUAAAAAUCCUCUUCUCUAAAGGCGGCACGGUCUAUAUGGCUGGUCGCUCUGCCACCAAGAUCGCUGCCGAGAUCGAAGCUAUUCAAGCAGCAGCCGGAACAGAACUCACUGAAGGCAAGCUCAAGAGUCUUAUAGUCGACCUGAGCGACCUCUCUACCAUCCGUAGCUGCGCCUCCACCUUCCUUUCUCAGGAAUCUCGUCUUGAUGUUCUUUUCAACAAUGCGGGUCUCAGUCGCCAGCCACCCGGUAGCGUUACUGCUCAAGGACACGAGUUACAUAUGGGUACCAACUGCCUCGGGCCGUACCUGCUCACGAAACUUCUACUCCCCAUUCUCAUUGAGACCGCAAGAACCGCACCAAAGGACAGUGUUCGUGUCGUCUUUACAUCCUCCGGUAUCAUCGACCUACUCGGUCCUCCAGGUGGCGUCUCGUUCGCUGAACUCGAGCCUGGCAAACACUCCAAAGACAUGAACCGCAACUACAGCGCCUCAAAGGCCGGUAAUUGGUUUCUGGCAUCCGAGUUCGACAAACGGUACGCAAAGGAUGGGAUUGUGUCGGUUGUGCAAAACCCAGGUACAAUAAAGACUAAAGGCUGGGAUGGGACACCCUGGCUAGUACGGCAACUCAUGAGACCAUUGUUUUAUCCCCCGAGGAUGGGAGCGUACACUGGCUUAUGGGCUGGACUUAGUCCAGAUGUGAAGAGUGGAGAUGGACAGAAGUUCAUUAACCCAUGGGGGAGAUGGUAUGAGACUCCGAAGAAGGAGAUUGUUGAAAGCCUAAAAACGUCAGAAGAGGGCGGGACGGGGCUCGCUACUGAAUUCUACGAUUAUUGCGAGCUACAUACGAAGGAAUUUGCUAUAUGA